AUGGCCCACAUGCUGCAUGCGGCAGCCCGGCGGGUGCAGUGGAGCAGGGCGGGCGCCGCGAAGAAGGCUGCGUGCCUGCUGGCCGCGGCGUACGGGCUCAGAAUCCUCUACCCCAUCAUCCGCGGGCGUGUGAAGCGGGCGAGCGGCAGAGGCGGCGCGCACGAUGAGACGGGCCGGGCGGUCUCGCACCGCGCCGGCAGCCGGGGCAGAGCCGCUCCGGCCGUGGACGCGGAAUUCUUCAAGCAGCUGCUGGAACUCCGCAGACUGUUCUUCCCGAAGCUGGUGAGUGCCGAGCUGGGCUUGCUCUGUCUCCACUCGUUUGCUCUGGUAUCCAGGACUUUCCUCUCCAUCUAUGUGGCCGCCCUCGAUGGAAAAAUUGUGAAGAGCAUUGUGGAGAAAAAGCCCAGGAGCUUUAUCUUCAAGUUAAUCAAGUGGCUGAUGAUCGCAAUCCCAGCAACUUUCGUGAACAGCACCAUCCGGUACCUGGAGUGCAAGCUGGCCCUCGCCUUCCGCACGCGCCUGGUGGAUCACGCCUACGAGACCUACUUUGCCAACCAAACCUACUACAAAGUGAUCAGCAUGGACGGGCGGCUGGCUAACCCCGACCAGUCCCUCACCGAGGACAUUAUGAUGUUCUCACAGUCCGUGGCGCAUCUCUACUCCAACCUCACCAAGCCCAUCCUGGAUGUUGUGCUCACCUCCUACACCCUCAUCCGCACAGCACGGUCCCGGGGGGCCAACCCCAUCGGGCCCACAGUCCUGGCCGGUCUCGUCGUCUAUGCCACGGCCCGAGUGCUCAAAGCCUGCUCGCCCAAGUUCGGCAAACUGGUGGCUGAGGAGGCUCACAAGAAGGGCUAUCUGCGCUUCAUACAUUCGCGCAUCAUCGCCAACGUGGAAGAGAUUGCCUUUUACCGAGGGCACAAGGUAGAAUUGAAACAACUGCAAAAAAGCUACAAGGAUUUGACAGAUCAAAUGAAUCUCAUUUUGUCCAAACGUUUAUGGUACAUCAUGAUAGAGCAGUUCCUGAUGAAGUAUGUCUGGAGUAGCUGUGGUAUGAUCAUGGUCGCUGUGCCCAUCAUCACCGCAACGGGAUUUGCAGAUGGUGAAUUGGAAGAUGGGCAGAAGCAGGCAAUGGUUAGUGAAAGAACAGAAGCUUUUACUACAUCACGAAACUUGCUGAUCUCUGGAGCAGAUGCUAUUGAAAGGAUUAUGUCUUCAUACAAAGAGGUCACUGAGCUUGCAGGCUACACCGCCCGUGUCCACAACAUGUUUGCAGUCUUUGACGAGGUGAAGAGAGGCAUCUACAAAAGAACUGCUGUUAUUCAAGGGUCUGUAAACAACAGCAGGAGUGAAGAUAAGGCAGAGUUACACAUUGAUGGGCCCUUAGAAAUCAAAGGGAAAGUAAUUGAUGUUGAUCAAGGAAUUAUUUGUGAAAAUGUUCCUAUAAUUACUCCAAAUGGCGAUGUGGUGGUUUCCAGACUAAACUUCAAAGUCGAGGAGGGGAUGAAUCUUUUAAUCACUGGACCCAAUGGCUGUGGAAAGAGUUCUCUCUUCAGAAUUUUAAGUGGUUUAUGGCCUGUGUAUGAAGGAGUUCUCUACAAGCCCCCUCCACAACACAUGUUUUAUAUACCACAAAGGCCCUACAUGUCCAUUGGAACACUACGGGAUCAAGUCAUCUAUCCAGACUCAGUGGAAGACAUGCAUGAGAAAGGCUACCAAGAUCAAGAUCUGGAGUCUAUUCUGCAUAUGGUUCAUCUGUACCACAUAGUUCAAAGAGAAGGAGGCUGGGAUGCUAUCAUGGAUUGGAAAGAUGUCUUAUCAGGAGGAGAAAAACAAAGGAUGGGCAUGGCCCGGAUGUUUUACCACAAGCCAAAAUAUGCAUUGCUGGAUGAAUGUACGAGUGCUGUAAGCAUUGAUGUCGAAGGAAAGAUAUUCCAAGCUGCAAAAGCUGCUGGGAUAUCCCUGCUUUCCAUAACACACAGGCCUUCUCUUUGGAAGUACCACACUCACUUGCUGCAGUUUGAUGGACAAGGUGGCUGGCGUUUCGAGCAGCUGGACACCGCUAUCCGUUUGACACUGAGUGAGGAAAAACAGAGACUGGAAUCCCAGCUUGCAGGAAUUCCUAAAAUGCAGCAGAGACUCAAUGAACUGUGUAAAAUCCUGGGAGAAGAUUCAGUGCUUAAAACAAUGGACAAAGAAGAAUAAAUAAUUUAUGGUUUAUGUUUUUAAAAGUAUUUUUUUAGUUAAAAGCAUUACAAAUUCAGCCAUUAUCCUUUGCAUGCAUUGUGACAGAGGCUUAGAGCAUAGCAAAACACAGCCAGCAGAAAAUAAUGCUCUGAAUGCUAUGUAAGACUUCAGUGUUUUAGUAUUAGGGAGGAAAGUGGUUGAACUGUGAAAAGAAAAUAAGCAAGUGCACAGAGUAUAAGAUUAGUCAUUAAAGCUUAUGUUAAUUCCUAGUGAAAGCCCAAUUCACUGCAAGAAACGACCAACACUCUUAGGUUUUAUAGAUGAAUUUUUGCCUGAGACUUGGCCUGCAGAAUGUGCUCUUGUACCGGUCACUGUGUGCGUAUGACGUGCCUGCUACGCAGAGCAGCCGGGCAUGACACUCAGGCAUGGAGCACAGCAGGGGCACUGUCUGGGUGAGUGUGCAGAUGCAUGCAAAAAUCUCAUUUGGGUAUAAGAAACAUUCUCUCAGCCCAUGUAAAACAAGAUUUCUGUUCUACUACUGAAUAGUAUACAUGCCUUUACCUGCAUUUCCAUAGGAAAUAAUGUAAUAGGCUGACCAGAAGACAACUGUCUGAGCAAGCCACUGCCCUCAUGACAGAGAAGCAGGGACAGAGCUAAACAUGUAAUAUACUUGUGCUUUAUGCCAUUACAUAGCUUCAGAGGCUCUCUGCCCUUCAUGAUACAUCAGUUCCUCCAGGGGAUUAUUUAUGUCCCUUACUCAGUAACCUCUGGUGGUGUGGAUGGAGCACUGGGCCUGGCAUCAAGUGACUUAGUUUUGGCUUGACUAAAUCAUUCAUCUUCUCUAUGGGUCCAAUCCAGCUGGCAUCCAUGUCUGACCCAGUUCCUCCAUUGGCAUAGUCACAGUAUAGACACUUGUUUGUUCCAUGAGACACUUUGUGGUGGGAAGGGCUGUAGGAGAAGGAAAUGGCAGUUUCUAACAAUAUGCUGAAUUCUCAAGCAUGGCUGUCCUGCCAAAUGAAAUGCUCAGCACUUACAAAGGUCUGUGAUAAGUUAGAGUAUUUGGUAACCACUAAUGAAUAUACCUGCCAUAUUUUGGUGGAAUUGCUGAACAUUGCCCUCCCUGUGAGCAAAUGCACUGGGUAACAGCCUGCUUUCAGAUGCACUCACUGAUUGUCCCAUCAGCUUUUCAGUUCAGGUCCCCAGUCAGUCAGAAGCUGCUUUAACAGAGCUGCCUGAGACAGUGCUGGCCUGAGUGCCUUGCUGAAUGCAAAAGCUGGAGAAUUAGGAAUAAAGAUAUGAAUGUAUUUAGGAGGUCCUGUUCUCUCUGAGUCCAAGUGCACAGCAAAGGGGCAGCUCAGGAGUGAAGAUCAGAGGGGGAAGAACCUUUGCAGAUGGGCAAAUGAGCCUUAGCCAAGAUGUAGCAAUCCUGAAGUUUGUUGGGUUUUUUUUUUUCCCUAGAAAUGUGUGAUUCCUUAGAAGAUUUCUGUCUGUUGUUCUUAAUCUGAGAGAGGCAGUUCAUAAACUGCUAAGAGCUGUUUGGAGAGGGGAAAUAUUUUAGCAGAUUUGCUGAGUAUUCCUUCUCAGUGUGCUCAGCUCACUGCUUGGUAUGGCAUUUGCACCAGAAAAUGGAGCAGGUCUGCUCCCUUCAGUGUCUGUAGCUUGAAUGUAACCCUGUAAUUUACCCUGGUGACAAAAGUUGGUUCCUUUCAUUAGUUUUUUUCUGUAGAGCCCCCUGAGACAUCUCACUGAUAUAGAAAGGAAUGCUCCUAGGAACUUUUGAAAAGGCUGAAAAAUUAAGGUUCAAGAUAAUAAGAAGUUGUAUCGUAAAGCACAGAUGGAGGUCACUGCAGGGGUGGCUGAUACAUGUAUGCAUUUUAACUUGCAAAUGUCUGUGCUUGUCCCUCUCCCUCAAGGUGAGCUUUCCCCUUUCUCAUCUUCAAAGCAAAAUUCAUAACUGCUAAGGAAAAAAAGAAGUCAGCCAAGAAUCUGUUCUCAGUGAGCAUAACCGAGAUGAGUGAUGAGUGUAAAAGCUUGCAGGUUUCUGAUUGAUGUUUCUCUAAGAUGAGAUGAAUCAGGGCACACCAUGCACACCAUUCCCCUUGUCCCACCUGCAGUGCAUCCUGCUAGCACAAGGCAGCCCCAAAGCCACCUUUCCACAAGCCUUUCCCAAGCCAGGACCUGAGGUGGAGGAAGGGGCAUUGCUGUUCCCCACCUCUCCAUUAAGCACUUUAACAUGUGGCUGGGAGCUAAACCAGGGUUAUCCACUCCCUGAAUGAGUGGGAUACUGAAAGUUGCUGAAGAAUUGGCCCAGUUUGGCACAGCUCCAGAUAUCCCACCAAAGCUCUGCCCCUGUGUUUGACUUGCUGGGAGCCAUUAAAGGCAGUACCUGAAAUCUGCUGUAUGCCUUAGAGAUCGAAGCUGGAUAUCCCUCAUAGCACAAAACAAAUCUCUUCUGAGGAAACCAUGUUUAGUAGAAGAAAGUUUGUUUGCUGUUUUUUUUAAAUGAGAUCAUACAUAAAACAUAUGAAAUUUAUAUAUGUUACUGAAAUUCUGAUGUUAUGAACUUUAAUGUUACGAAAUUUUGAUGAAAACUGAAAUCAGACCUGGAUCAGUCUAAUAAUAUUUUCUUUGAAGUUCAACAUUUAUUUCUUGGAUCCAGUAAUAGACAACCAUUCUCAUUCAGCUGUAUGGUGUAAAAUACUCCAGCAUCUCACUCAGCUAUUUGUGCUCCAGUAGGCAUGGCAAGAACAUUAGAGGCCACUAUGAGAAGAAACACUUCUCUAAACAGGAACUUCCUGAGUGAUACCUAGCUGGUUUUAGAAGGAAUUUCUCUACUAGGGCCUCGUUAUAUUUCAAGUUAGUUUUGUGGCAGGAAGAGAAGCUGCCCUGGAGGUAUUUUCUGCAAACUUUCUGUGUUGUUCCAAGGGCUAGUUGAGACUGGAGUCUCCGUUUCUGUUUCUGGAGAGUUUUACAUGGCAUAGUCCAGCUCAUUUUGUGCUGCUUUGGGCCCAGCCUAGCAGAGGUGCAUGUUCCCUGCUCAGGAAUGGCUCAUGGAGAACUGUUCUGGAGCCAGGGCAUGGGGGACACAUGGCCCUGGCCAUGCAAGAGGGUCAGAGUGGGACAGGAUACCUUGGUGGAAGCUUUCUUGUGGUGCAAUGAGAGCUGCUUAUGAAUGUUCAUUCCCUUUUUGGUGUUGAGGAGCUGUGGCUCUCCAGGAGGCUGAGGCCAUGACUUUUUAGCCUCCUUUCUGCCUGUCAUACCUAUCUGAAGCUAGCCAGACCCUGUCAUGGUGUCUGUGCAUUCAGGGCUGGGUGCUGCCCAGUGCUGAGCGCACCCAGCCCUGUGAGCACCCUCUCACUCCCCUGGGCUCAGGGCACACUGGAUUGCCUGGGGCUGUUUGCACCUAGAAGUCUGUUUGCACAGGUGAUGGGCAAAAUUAUUACCUGCUUCAGGCAGGUAGUAUCUGUACUACAAAAAUAUGAGUUCUUCAGUGGAGUGUGUGUAGAUAAUGCAGAGUGUUUUUGCAAGAAUGUUCAGAAUGAAAGGACACAACUUCUGUGCAUGGAAUUUCACUAUUUUAACCUGGGAGGACUUUGUUUUUACUUAGUUUUGGGGUCAGACUCAUUCCUGGUUUGGACUUGGAAGUCCUCCUUCUGCAGGGACAGAAAACCUCCCAUGUAUGUUUAAAGGAAUUUUUCAAAAGCAGUGGCAUUUGUGUUUGAGUAGGGAAUGAAGGACUGGGUAUUAAAUGGGAUAUUUUAGAGAAAAUUAUAUCUUAAAGCAAAUGAACACAUCUACAGUCCACUCAAACUUAUGAAUGGUGAUAAUGCAUGUCAAAGUCAAAUUUCUGAGCCAAUCAUAUAAAGAAAUCCCCCUACUGAGCUGUUCAUGAAGCUUAGGAGAACUGAACUGUUAAUCAAAUGUGUCUUUGUUUUGUUUAUGUUUGAUAUUAAUGCCUUUUAAGAGCAGACAAUUUAUAAAGCAAUAAAAUAUGCUUUACAGUUGUAAUUUAUUCCAAUCUGAAAUAAAACAUGUUGCAUUUACUUUCA